AAGGCCUUUGUAGGCUGGGACCACCAAUGGCCUCAGUGACAAGGCGCGUCGUUGGGUCUCUGGCCGAGGUUCUCCCUCAGACAAUUGGAGGCGUCGAGCAUCGCUUUUGGAGGAACAGGGCAACAUUUUGGGAAGUGCUGCACACGAGUGCCAAGCAUGGCGAUGUGCGUCGGGUUCAAGCUUGGCUGACCAGGGCGGCUGAGGCAAAUUUUCGAAUAGGAACCAAGGCAAGCUCCUUGCAAAUCACUGCGCUUGCAAGAGUUGCAGAUGUCAAGGAGGCAGAGAAGGUGUUGCUUGACCUGAUGCGGUCUCGGAUGCACCCCGAUACAGGGGCCUUCAACAUGGUCUUGUCAGCAUGCGCGAGAGCGGAGAAUCUUGAUUCGGCCUUGAAGUGGUUUCGACGAAUGACACAGGCAAAUCUGGCUGCAGAUGCCGUCACUCACAACACUGUGAUAGCCACGUGCACACGAGUUGGUAACUUGCCGCUUGCAGAAGAGUGGGCGAACAACAUGGUGGAUCAAUCGAUUGCGCUGAAUGCGGUGUGUUGCGGCUCCAUAGUUCUUGGCUACGCAAGGCAGGGGGAUGGAUAUGGAGCACAGAAAUGGCUGCGCCGCAUGCUGGAAUGGGGUCUGCGGCCUGGAUCGCGGGCCUUCAAUGCAGUGGUCUCCGUCUCAGAGCCUGCGGUUGCUGAGGCCUUUCUUUGGAAAGCCCUUGAGGCGGGUGCACAGCCCAGCGAAGCUGCGCUACAGAGGACACUCAAGGCCUUCGUUGAGGUUCAAGAUUGGGAGGCCUGCGAGCGAUUCAAAGGCCUUCUGCGACACCUCGGGCAUUGGCCCAGCGCUUGGGCCGUUGCCCUGCUUUCCAAGCCCCAUGCAGCAGCUGGGGAUUUCACAACUGUGGAAGAGCUGAUGGCAGAACUCCGCACUCAGAUUCCCUCUCAAGCUGCUGACAAGUUGGACGAUCGCGUGGGAAGUGAGGAUGCCUUGGAUCUCGAUGUUGAUUGCUUGAAGGCUUUGCUGGCUGCAUACGCACGCGCAGCCCAACCCUUCGCAGAUCAGCGCGUCGAGGUGUGUGUUGAACGCCUUUUGUCACGUGGCGUGCGGGACGCAGCUACCUUGGGCGAUGCACGGCGCGCACUUGGCAAAGAGAAGUAUGAUUGCCUGGCACACACCUUCGGCUUGACAGUGAGGCCUGACAUAAGUAGGAAGCGCCAUUCACGGAGCCGAAUCGUCGGGACUUGGGGAGAGAUUUCUCCGUGCUGAUCUACUUCAUCGGCAUUGUGGGCAAGCAAAGUGUGUGCCACCAGAUGCUAUUUAUGAAAUUUAUGCCUUUGUGCCGUUUGUGCAAUCUACACCGGGCUGAGGUAUAUGAGUCUUGUAUGAGGUAUGGUUUGUUUCACGCGUGGAUUGCAUUGAAGCUCCGUGGUCUCCCAACCUGGAAGGCCGAAGGGCCGCACCCAGGGACCCAGGCAACGGGAACGCCUGCGAACAGAGCCAAGGAAGCCGACACUCGUCCGGACCCGUUGCCCUACUGCCAAGCACCGCCAAGCGUUCAAUGUCUGCGGCUUGACAUCUACCCAUCCACGCGCACAAGCGCCGCAUGGCCAUCUCGCCCACUGUGACUUUGCCUGAAAGAUGCGGAGCAUCAGAAUGUCGCUUGCAAUAAUAACUCCGCGUUGCAGCAGAAACCAAAAAGUAUGAUACAUGUCACACUCCUUGUAGCUUCCGUGAGGAUCCUCAAAGAAAGGAAUUUGGUAGGAGUAUCAGGACAUAUAGGCCUGAAACUCCCCAAAAGAGGUGUCAUCCGAUUCCAUGUCG